AAUAGUUUGAAUCUUACAGUCUCGCAGUCUCGACGUCUAUUCAAAAUCGAAGUCUAAAUUCAAAUUCAUUCUCAAAAUUUUAAAAGUGCGUGUGUUUGGGUUCGGAAAUUAUAGAUUUCGCGAAAGUCAGCCCCUGGCGAAAAUUCUCUUUUACAUCAGUGGUUAAACUAAAGUUUGUUCUUUUGGAAUAAUGGACAAGAAAGAGAAAUCGGAGAAAUCUGAGAAAUCGGAGAAACCGGAGAAGCCGGAGAAGAAAAUUGCCGAUAACUUUCUUUAUAUGUUUGAGUUUGUGGUGGACGAUCUGCUGAUUACACGCCAAAAUCUCUGUGCCCCGGAGGAGUAUCCCACCUGCACGGAGAUCUCGUUCCGGUCGGUGGUGUACGUGAAUCUUUGCGAUCGGGAAAUGGGCACCUGCGUUAACCCCUGCUCGCCCAAGUGCGGAAAAUGUGCUCUGUUCACCCUGGAUUCCCCAAUCACUGAUAAGGAUGUGCUGCAGGUUCAUGUCUAUAAGAAACGCACAGAGAGCUGCAAGUUCUUGAUAGGAUUAUCGGAACUGAAGGUAAAGCCGAUCUUUGAUAGAGUUAGGGAGUCCUUCGAUUUGGAAAAUCUAAAUUGGGAGGGAGCUAUGCAGGGUCACGUCGCCCAGUUGCCCAAGAUGAAGGGUCCCAAUAAGAAGGGUCUUCUGGACAAUUGUGCUUGUUACGAAAAGCUGAACGAACGCCAUGAGCAAUGGUGUCCCACCUCGGAGUUAUCCAAGCGAUUACUGCCACUCUUUAACCUCUGCAAGAUGCAGACUGGAAAUAUUGUUCUGAUCCUUAGAUUGGUUUGCAAUGGCCCUGCCAUAGUUUCCACAUUUCCCUACAGCAGGGUCUGCUCCAGAAACCCCAAGUGCCCAGAGCCUUGCUGCGGUCCCUGCGGUCCAUGUGGUCCCUGUGGUCCUUGCCCGGCUCCUUGCUGCGGAUCAUGUCCUUCCUGCAGUCCACCUCCUCCCUGCCGCGGUUCUUCACCUCCACCUCCAUGUCCUGGUCCCUGCCCACCACCCUGCGGUCCCUGUAAACCCUGUGGACCCUGUGGACCUUGUGGACCUUGUGGACCCUGCGAUCCAUGCGAUCCCUGUGACCCCUGCAGUCCCUGCUGUCCACCGGUAACUGCUACCGGUGGACCCAUGAACAAGAAAAGCCCUUGUAAAGGUUCUUGCGGACAACCACCAUGUCGCCGCUGCAUAAUGCCGGAUCCUUGUCCCAAGCACGAAGAGCCUCCGGCAAAGUGCCUGAGAUACUACUCCUGCAACCUGGACAAGAUGUGUCCGUGUGACUACUGCGAGGACGAGUUUGACAGGGAAUGUCCUACUGUCCCCUCGAAACGAUGCAAUAUGUCUCCCAUUGAGCAGAAGCUGCAAAAGUGUGGUCCCUGUGGUGGCAUUCCACCGUAUCCCCGUUGGGUCAAAACGAAAAUGGAGGCGGAUCUUCUGAAUAAGAACAAGAAGGACAAGGAUGGUAAAAAGGGCAAAGAUGGUAAGGACGGUAAAGCCGGGAAGGACGGAAAGGACGGGAAGGACGGAAAGGACGGCAAGGGUAAGAAGAAGCGUCAGGCAGGAGGAGCCGUUUAUUGCGUAGGCGACUCUGUCGGUCGCUCUGCGGUUUACGAAGAAUGUGAUCCUGUCGUUGAUGGCGUUCUUCAGGCAUCCAGGAAAUUGAGGUAUAAAGACCCAGUUGCCAAGUGCAGCAGACGCGAGCAAGAAUACGAUGCGGCUUGCGAUGAAGCGCGAAAACGAGCAGUGCGGAAAUUGCGCCACUUACUGGUGAAGUACAAUAUCCAAAUUGAGAAUUGAAAGGCUUUCGGAACCGACUCUUCGGACGGACAACAUCUGCAGACGU